AUGACUUUGGAAGAUUUCGAAAAGUCCCUGGCAGAGGGUCAGGAGCGACACGCAAAGUCUGAUCGCGAAAGACACCAUCAUGAUCGGCGUCACGAUCGCGAUCGCAGCCAAGACCGCUCGAGACAACAUCGCCAUCAUCGUUCAAGCCAUCAUCGACGACACUCCUCCAGAUCCCGUGAACGCGAAAGUAACCGAGACCGUGAACAUAGGCGUCGCGACGAGGAUGGCCACCGACACAAGCGCUCGCGUCGCUCUAACGACGAAGGAGAAGAUCAUGGCCACAAACGGCGCCACCGCGAUACAAAAGACGAUGAGCCAUCUGCGACUCCAGCUGUGGCUCAAGCUGAGCCUAGCAACCUGAAACGAGACUCAUGGAUGGAAGCGCCUUCGGCUCUGGACAUUGAUUAUGUUCAUCGACCAAACUCUACGCGACAGGAGGAGGAAGCCAAGCCAAAAAUGCUCCACGCGGGCUACGAAUUGAAAAUUCAUGAUAAAGAACUCAACAGUCAUCUUCGCGAUCUCAAUGAUGGAAAAACACUUGAGGAUAUCGAGGAUGAGCCUGCCCAGCAUGAGGUUGACUACACCUUUGGAGACUCCGGGUCACAAUGGAGGAUGACGAAGCUCAAAGGUGUCUAUAGGGAAGCAGAAGAAAGCGGCCGAGCCUUGGAAGAGGUGGCUGCCGAGCGAUUUGGAGAUAUCAGGUCCUUCGACGAUGCUCGGGAAGAAGAAACCGAGAUGGAUCGACGCAACACCUACGGCAAGUCCUACGUGGGCAAGGAGAAGCCCAGCGGUGAACUUUUCCAGGAACGGAAGCUUCAGAAUGACGUUCGCCGAGCCCCGCUUGAGCAUGUCCGUGAUCCGGAGCAGGAGCUUCAUGCCGAGGGCCAAGGCAAGAAGGUCGACACUGCACCCCCUCAGAGGACCACCCAGCAUCUGGAUAUGACGGCAUUGAAUCGUCUCAAGGCCCAAAUGAUGAAAGCAAAACUCAAGAAAUCCCCAGACGCUGCGCAGCUUGAAGAGCAAUACAAUACGGCGGCCGCCGCUAUGUCGAACCGCAAGGAAUCUGACGUUGUGGUUCUGGAUGUUAUGCACAACCCCAUGCUAGCAGGCCCAAGAAAUGAGGUCAAAUCUAUCGACACCAAGAGAGGCCGCGAGAGAGGCCAGGUGGAAGCAAAUGAGGACAUGACCAUCGAAGACAUGGUACGGGAAGAACGCAAGACUCGAGGUCAAGCUGGCGGAGAAGGCCGGCGGUUGGCUGACCAAAUUGGUCGAGACUCCAAAUUCGAAAAUGACUUGGAGUACAUGGAUGACAAUGCGUCCAAGCUAGCCAAGCGGGUGCAUAGAUCUGAAAUCGAUCUCAAGAACAACACAAUCAGCGAAUUCCACAAGAUGAACAGGAUCCUGGACAACUGCCCCCUCUGCCACAACGAAGAUAAGGGUACACCCCCUCUCGCCCCCGUGGUAUCUCUUGCAACUCGCGUCUUCUUGACGCUCCCCACCGAGCCCGAAAUCAGCGAGGGUGGUGCAACCAUCGUACCAAUCCAGCACCGGACCAACCUCAUGGAAUGUGAUGACGACGAGUGGGAAGAAAUUCGCAACUUCAUGAAGAGCCUCACUCGCAUGUACCACGACCAAGGCCGGGAUGUAAUUUUCUACGAAAACGCGGCCCAGCCGCAACGGAAGAAGCAUGCUUCCAUGGAAGCCGUGCCUUUACCCUACAGUCUGGGAGAGACUUCUCCUGCAUUCUUCAAGGAAGCCAUUCUUAGCGCUGAAUCCGAGUGGUCGCAGCACAAGAAGUUGAUCGACACUCUUGCCAAGUCAAAGCAAGGCCUGGGUCGCUCCGCUUUCCGCCGAAGCUUGGUGAAGGAGAUGCCCUACUUCCACGUCUGGUUCGAGCUUGACGGCGGUCUGGGUCACAUUGUGGAGGACGACAACCGCUGGCCCCGCGGAGAUCUCUUUGCCCGAGAGAUCAUCGGAGGAAUGCUGGAUGUUGCGCCAGACGUCGUCAAGCGACAAGGACGGUGGAAUCGUGGUGAUCGUAGAGUCGAUGGAUUCAGAAAGCGAUGGAGGAAGUUUGACUGGACUCGCGUUUUGGUCGAAGGGCAGUAG